UAAUUUAUUCCUUUCUCUUUUUGUUGUUGUUAAAAGGCUUUGAGAUCGUCUCUGUUCCGUUUUUUCUCUUUCUAGUUCCUCGUCGGCUUCGAGGAGUUUAGAGAGAGAUAAAAGAAAGAAAAGAAAAGAAAAAAAAAGAAAAAAAAAAGCUUCCAAACGAGAAAAAAGAAAAAAGAAAACGGAAAAAGGAAAUUCUUUUUUUUAUGUUUAAAAUUUCCUCUUUCCUGGAAAAAUAAGCGAUUUUUUUCCUGGAAAGUGUUGCGGAAUUUUCUUACGAGGUGGUUAAUUCACGAUCUGAGCUGGGGUUUUCGAAAAUGUUGAUCGGAAAUUCGAAUUAGCUUUGAUUUUAGGUGGCCGAUCUUGAUUUGCCCCGAUUAAGGGUUUUUGUUUUGAUUUUUGUUUCAGCUCUCCCUUCAUCUUUACCUUCCAGUACUAAUCAAUCCUUACGGAGAAGACGAGGGAGCCGGCGCGUGGGUGACUUGUUUUGCAAGUGAAAGCCGUUGGAAAAGAAGUAGGGCUUUCCCUUGUUCGACUUACAAAUACAUGUUUUUGGCAUCGUACUUCAUUGGUAUUCUUCUAUUAAGGUUCGGUAAGAAAACAGUAAAAGAGUCAAAGCUCAAGCUUAAACUGUCAAUGAAAGAGUACUAGCGUAAAGAAAAGACAGGCUGCCUACUUUAUUUACGAUUUGUUAAAGAAAUGGAUGUGGAUUUGUCAAUGGUGCAAGAGACAGAUCACGACCAGAAUCUCAACGGAGCUUCACAUUCGCCGGCACCGAUGGAGAGGGAGCAACAGCAACAACAACAAAACCAGCAACUAGAGAACCAGGCUUCGAAUCCGGGACCUGGUGGAUCUCCACCUUCUCCGGCGCAACAACUGGCUGCAGCAGCCGCACCUGCGGCUCAAGGGCAGCCGCAAACGCCGGUGGUGGGGCCGAGGUGUGCGCCCACUUAUUCGGUGGUGAAUGCUAUUAUAGAGAAGAAAGAAGACGGACCCGGCCCUAGGUGUGGGCAUACCCUAACGGCUGUGGCAGCUGUGGGGGAAGAAGGUACGCCUGGGUAUAUUGGGCCCAGGUUGAUUCUGUUUGGUGGUGCCACGGCACUGGAAGGGAAUUCUGCUGCUUCUGGGACUCCAUCAGCGGCUGGAAACGCUGGCAUCAGACUAGCAGGUGCCACUGCUGAUGUGCACUGUUAUGAUGUGUUAACUAAUAAAUGGUCUAGGAUCGCACCCUUUGGAGAGCCACCUACACCAAGAGCGGCACAUGUGGCUACUGCUGUGGGAACUAUGGUCGUUAUUCAGGGUGGAAUUGGUCCAGCUGGUUUGUCUGCUGAGGAUCUUCAUGUUCUUGACCUCACACAGCAACGACCACGGUGGCAUAGGGUUGUUGUUCAAGGCCCUGGGCCAGGGCCACGCUAUGGCCAUGUGAUGGCUUUGGUGGGGCAAAGGUAUCUCAUGGCAAUAGGUGGAAAUGAUGGAAAGCGACCUUUGGCUGACGUAUGGGCCCUGGAUACUGCUGCUAAGCCUUAUGAAUGGCGUAAAUUGGAACCCGAAGGGGAAGUUCCACCUCCAUGCAUGUAUGCUACUGCAAGUGCACGAUCGGACGGUCUUCUUCUGCUCUGUGGAGGGAGGGAUGCAAACAGUGUGGUGAGUGGAGAAGUCCACAUUGUGUGGUGUCUAGAUUUAGUAAAUCCAUUGGCAAGUGCAUAUGGACUUGCAAAACACAGGGAUGGCCGUUGGGAAUGGGCAAUUGCUCCGGGUGUUUCACCAUCUCCAAGAUAUCAACAUGCAGCAGUCUUUGUCAAUGCAAGGCUCCAUGUUUCUGGUGGGGCAUUUGGUGGUGGACGCAUGGUUGAAGACUUGUCAAGUGUUGCAGUGUUGGAUACUGCUGCGGGAGUUUGGUGUGAUACAAAAUCUGUUGUUACUAGUCCAAGAAUAGGUAGAUACAGUGCUGAUGCUGCUGGUGGAGAUGCCUCAGUUGAGUUGACGAGGCGUUGCAGACAUGCUGCUGCAGCUGUUGGUGACUUAAUAUUUAUUUAUGGUGGUUUACGUGGUGGGGUGUUGCUUGAUGACCUGCUUGUUGCUGAAGACCUGGCUGCUGCCGAGACAACGACAGCAGCUUCACAUGCUGCAGCUGCAGCUGCUGCUUCUAAUGUGCAUUCAGGGCGCUUACUGGGAAGGUAUGGAUUUGUUGAUGAAAGAGCAAGGCAAGCAAUACCUGUAGCAGUUCCUGAUGGAGCAGUUGUGCUGGGAACUCCAGUAGCUCCCCCUCUAAAUGGGGAUAUGUAUACUGACAUAAGCACGGAGAAUGCCAUGCUUCAAGGAUCUCGGAGAAUGAGCAAAGGUGUUGAGUAUUUGGUUGAGGCAUCAGCUGCUGAAGCUGAGGCUAUUAGUGCCACACUUGCUGCUGCCAAGGCACGACAACUUAACGGAGAAGUUGAACUUCCUGAUAGGGAUCGUGGGGCAGAGGCUACGCCUAGUGGAAAACAGAUGUCUACCUUGAUCAAGAUGCCUGAUUCUGCUGGGUCAAAUAAUGUUGCUCCAGCUGGAGUUCGGCUUCACCAUAGAGCUGUUGUUGUAGCUGCAGAGACUGGUGGAGCUUUAGGUGGAAUGGUCAGACAGCUUUCUAUUGACCAAUUUGAAAAUGAAGGCAGGCGGGUUAGCUAUGGGACUCCUGAGAGUGCAACUGCAGCUAGGAAACUAUUAGAUAGGCAGAUGUCAAUCAAUAGUGUCCCGAAAAAGGUCAUUGCACAUCUUUUGAAGCCUCGUGGUUGGAAACCUCCAGUUCGUAGACAGUUUUUCAUAGAUUGCAAUGAAAUAGCAGAUCUCUGUGAAAGUGCCGAACGAAUAUUUGCUGUUGAACCAACUGUUUUACAGCUGAAAGCUCCUAUCAAGAUUUUUGGUGAUCUUCAUGGACAGUUUGGGGAUCUUAUGCGCCUUUUUGAUGAAUAUGGUGCACCUUCAACAGCUGGGGACAUUGCAUAUAUCGAUUAUCUCUUCUUAGGGGAUUAUGUAGAUCGGGGCCAACACAGUUUGGAGACCAUCACUCUUCUGCUUGCAUUGAAGAUUGAGUAUCCCAAUAAUGUACAUUUAAUUCGGGGGAAUCAUGAGGCUGCGGAUAUCAAUGCACUCUUUGGCUUCCGGAUUGAGUGUAUUGAACGCAUGGGUGAGAGAGAUGGAAUAUGGGCAUGGCAUCGCAUAAACCGUUUAUUCAAUUGGUUUCCUCUGGCUGCUCUAAUUGAAAAGAAAAUCAUUUGUAUGCAUGGUGGCAUUGGUCGGUCUAUAAAUCAUGUGGAACAGAUUGAGAAUCUACAGCGUCCAAUUACAAUGGAAGCAGGCUCGAUUGUUCUAAUGGAUUUAUUAUGGUCUGAUCCAACAGAAAAUGAUAGUGUGGAAGGGUUGCGACCAAAUGCUAGAGGUCCAGGUUUGGUUACGUUUGGGCCUGAUCGUGUUAUGGAAUUCUGCAAUAACAAUGAUCUUCAGUUGAUUGUUCGUGCUCAUGAGUGUGUUAUGGAUGGCUUUGAGCGCUUUGCCCAGGGACAUUUAAUCACCCUUUUCUCAGCUACAAAUUAUUGUGGUACUGCUAAUAAUGCUGGUGCAAUCUUAGUUUUGGGUAGAGAUCUUGUGGUAGUUCCGAAGCUCAUUCAUCCUUUACCCCCAGCAAUGUCAUCACCAGAAGCAUCACCGGGACAGCAUAUAGAAGAUACAUGGAUGCAGGAGCUGAAUGCUAACAGACCUCCGACACCUACUAGAGGUCGUCCUCAAGUAGCAAAUGAUCGAGGCUCUCUCGCUUGGAUAUAGUAGAUCCUUCCAAUUGCCUCUAUAUACUUGUUCGGGCUCAUGCAAACACCUGGGGAUUCUGGUGUUCUGUAUAGAGCAUGAUGCCAUAUACAGGCAUUUCCAAACUUGUAGUCUCUUCCGUUAAAAGUUUGGAGGCUUUAUUACUUUGGUUUUUCGCCGGUUUUCAGCACAUGGUAGGCCUUGAGAUUAUGAAAGAUGCAAGUUCGGGAAUCAAUGGCAGAUGGAGUAGGUUUGCUUUCCGUAAUGUGCUGAAAAGUUGCAAUUUGGGCUUCUCCCUCUGUAAAUUGAGCUACAGGCAGGUAGAAACCAGUUGGGUGGUUUCUUCAAAUGGGUUGGUAGCAUUUUUCCAAUUUAGUUUAUAUUUUUUAUUCCUCGUUUUAGGUCUAAUAUUUUUCCCCCUUUGAGGACGUUAUAUUUGAUGAUGAGAG